AUGUCUAAUGAUAAUAAACAGGAUACAUCUUCUAAGGUAACAGAUCCCAAGCAACUAACCACAAUCUACAAAAAGAAUGGGACGUUCGAUGCUAAGAGAAAGGAACUCCUAUCUAACUUCAAAGAAUCAGAAACAUGCAACAACUUACUCCUCAAGCUACGAAUAAUGGUUGAGUCCAAGAUAAAAGCCGACCCAUUGAUACUAAUGAAAAACAAAGGGAAAAUGGCAGCAUUAAUCCAAGGAGAAAUCGUCAACCGAUCAAAUAUUAACGAUCCUGCAUCAUCGAGUCUGAGUGAUAGCAAAAACGAUACCGGGAUACUAAGUAUAGUUGAUAAGGAUAUACAGGAAAAGAUUAUCGAUUCAUCUCAGUUUCAUGAAUUAUUGAGAGAAGAGUUGAUGGAUGUACAACGUAAAAUAAUGGGGAUAAGCGAUGAAGAGUUUGAGAAAAUGAAGACUGAAUUGCGAAUGAAAAAGGAACAACGGGAACAAGAGGUGUUGAAAAGAAAUGCUCGAUUGGAAAAGGAGAAACUUCAAAUGGAUUAUAGGAAUAACUUCAAGGUCAAAGAUUUGACAAAUGGUCAUGCUGCGACAAAUGGGCAUCGUGUAAAUAAAGCACCAAGGUUUAACUUAAAGAGUAGUACUGAUGGAGACAGACCUGAUGCCAAAAAAGUUGAGAAGAAAAAGGUUACCAAGAUGAUGUACUGA